GUUUACAGGAAACAAAAAUAAUUUCUGUCAACAUCUAACGUCACUUACAUUUUAAAUGUAGCUGAUUAUAGCCCGGUACAUCAUAACUGAUAGAGUAUGGGCGACAAUAGGAAUACAAGAAUGCCUAUGAACCAUCCCACAGGUAACUUUGGAAUGCAACAGUUUCCACAGCAACAAUUUGUUCAGCAAGGAAUGGUUAGAUAUCCCAUGAUGCAGAAUACAGGUCACAUGAUGCAGUCACAUGGUCAGAUGCAGUCACACGGUCAGAUGCAGUCACAUGGUCAGAUGCAACCACAUGGGCAGAUGCAGUCACAUGGCCAGAUGCAACCACAUGGGCAGAUGCAACAUGCUCAGAGAGCUCCAAAUAUGAUGUUUCCUGGACAGAUGGGGAUGAGAGGACCUGGUAUGGCCCCACCUCCUUACAGACCAACAGCUUUAGGGCAGCAAUACAGGGCAAAUAAUCUUCCAAGACAACCCAUGUCACCAGAGAGUAUGAAGAAAAUGGAGAAGGAAAAGUUUUAUUUAGAACAAAAACAGAAGCUGAAGCAGUUUCAUACACAGUCUGUUGAUGCGAACAAAUUGAUAGAAAACAUGUUUGGUAAAACAGAGAAACAAAAAGUCAAACAGAACAUUCACGCUUCUGAAGAAGAUUUUAGUGACAGUUUUGGUGAUUUUAUUGGUGGACCAUCUGCAAGUAUGCCCACUCAACCAGAACCAGUUCAGCCUCCAAAGGAAGAAGUUGUAAUUACUGAUGACCAGCCCACAGUGGAAACAAAUGGUAACCAGUCACCAAGGGGAGUUAAUCAGCAACAAAAGGUUGAAAAGAAAGUUGAUAUAAAUACGAUGAUGAUGGAAUGUUCUGAUCUGACAGCCCCAGUCAAGGCUAAAACUUUCCAUAAACCAACUCUGAAGGAAGUUAACCCAUCACAUCAUGGUCAUACAGCAACACAACAUGAAAGUAAACAGGCUAAACAAUGGAAACAGAUGAAAAUGGAAGAUUUAGGAGACAUGUUUGUUGUAGAAGGACCAGCAAUGAUACCAGAAGAGCAGACACCUGAUAAGACAACACCUGAUAAGAAAGAUUUAGGACUACCUCACUGGUGUAAAGAUGAGACAAAGAUACCCGAGCUAUAUAAACAUGUACUGGAGGCCAGUGUUGUUGAAGAUUUAAUACAGACAGACCGUUUAUAUCCUAUUCUUAUACUGAGUGGUUUACCUAAGGAGGUUCUAGGUCAGAUCUGGUCAAUGAGUAAUAAAAUGACCCCUGGUCAGCUGAUCAAAGAAGAGUUGUAUCUAAUCCUAGGAUUUAUUUUUCUGGCACAGAACCAGCAACUACUUAGUAUUGAGUUACUGCAUAGGAUACCUCAUGCUCCCAGUCCAUUCUUAGCCCCACCUCAGCAUUCUAGUCAACCCAACCAAUUCAGUCCAUCUCCUGCUCCACUAAAUAAUCAACUUACCACCAGUCAGACGUCAAAUGCUCAACCAUGCCAGCCAGCAGGGAUACCAUUAGGUGUAAAUACAGUAAUCAGUCAGAUACCACCAAUAUCAACAGUAACUUCAUCUGGGCAGACGACAGUCGGCAUGACAACUAGUGGUAGUCAGGGGCAGAUAACUCCUAUUCCUAGUCUACCCGGACCUAUAGCUGGUCCCAACACGGAUAGUUGGCAUUCACAUAAUAUAGGGGCUCCAGUAAUUAGCCAGGGAGCUGCUGUUAAUCAGACAACAAUUGGCAGUAAUCUCAGCAUGGGUGAGGACGAUGACUUUGCUGAUUUUCAAGAGGCUCCAAAAAUAACAAAUGAAAUUGCUAAAGUGAAAAUUACCAAACCAAUUGCAGCCAAAGAAAAGAAAGUGAAACCUGUGUCUGCUAAAGAAGACAAGAAGGAUUACCUUUAUUCUGUACCACUGCCAGAUGAUGACCUUCCUGAGCACCAGCUCUCUACAGAACAACAUUACUCUAAUGUCAGUAACUUCUUUGGAAGUGAUGAUUCCUCAGAAUGCGUUACUGACAAAUGCUCCGACACAGUUUCAGCAGUUCCCAAGAAAGUUCUAAGCCAAACUAAAGGGGCCUCAACACCAAACAGUAUGGAUGAUGAUUUUGAUGAUUUUAAAUCUGCAGGCAGACCUAGUGACAGUAGUCAGUUUACAUCAUCAGAACAGUCGGAGAAUGAAGACUUCAAAGUUUUAGAGUCUUACCUGGACGACUUUAGUAAUAAAAAGAAGGAUGUUGAAAAACAGGAGAGUCCAUUGCAUAAGCCGAUAUCAAAAACUACAAAUUUACCACCAACAGCAUAUAACAACAGUGUUAAACCUAUACCAGCUAUCAAAAGUCUUUGGCCUAAACCAGACGACAAGAAAAAAGCAACACCCACCCCAAAGGCUGUUACGUUAACUAAAACAACUACAUUUUCACCACAGUCAUCAGAUUCUGAGUUUGCUGACUUUCAGCAGGCUCCUCAGGUUGUUCCCAAGGAUGAUAAUUUGUCAGCUUCUAAAAGUGCUACUGACCUUAUUGGAGAUGAGGACAAGUAUGCAGCAUUUAGGUCAUUGGAGACAAUAGAUACAUCUGGUCCGUCUAUUUUUGGUACUGAGCAGGAUGAUGAAGGCAAUGAGGCUGAGGAUGAAGGAGAAUGGGCAGAUUUUCAAAGUACAGAAACAAUUGUUGCAGGUGAUCAGAGUUUGUCAGAUAAUUUGUUUGAUUCCGCAGCAAAUUCAGAUUCAAAUAAUGAUUGGUCAGGUUUCAGUGGUUCAGCAGGUCAACAACUGGAAGGAGAUUUGAUAAAUAAUCCAGCAGUGAAUAUAACAGCCAAUGAUGAUUGGUCAAAUUUCUCAACAGCAAAUCAGAAAAGUGAAGGUGAUGAUUGGGCAGAUUUUCAAGGGCCUUCUAAAAAUAGUGUUGACAGUACAUUAACAGUGACAUCAUCCAUGGAUGAAACACCUGCACCAAUAAUUUCUGUAAGUCAGUCAGACUUGGUCACUGUGAAAAAGAAGAAUUUACAACAUAAUGAAAUCUUGGGACUUUUUAAACCCAGAGAUGACCCAUCUGUUUUGACUUCAUAUAAACUUCCAGACAUAUCUCAAGAUGAUAGUGAAGGCACAGCUAAACAGGACAAAUCAGGAUAUCUUGAAACAUCCAUAGACCAUCCAGCACCUUUUCAACAAAACUUUCCCACUGCAAAGGUAGACAAUAACCCACCACAAAACAUUCCAAAGUUAUCCGUUGAUGAUGAUGAUGACCUUUUCAGAGUUCCGCCACCCAUGGAUGAGGGCGUAGAUGAUGAAGAUGAAUAUGGUGAUUUUAGUCGAGGAUAUGACAUUGAUGAUGUUACACACACACCUCCCCAACAAUUGCAAGAAAAGAAGAAAAUUUACUCCAUGUACGGCAUGGAAUUCACAACACAGUCCAAAUCUACGAUUGAGAAAACUCACAAAAAAACAGACUCUGAUUCCUCAAAUCAAUUUAAUUUUGCCACUGACAGUUUACAAUUUGACACUAAAUUAAACAAAGGACUUAAACAAGAGGAUACAAACUCAGUUUCAAGUUUAGAACUGCCAUUUUCUAAAAACAUUCUUAAUGUGAAGGACAGUGACUCAGUGUCUAUUUCCAGCAAUGAAUUUGCUGCAGAUUUCCCUCAAAUAAAGAGUUUACCAGACUCCAAAUCUAUUGACAGUUUAGAUUUGAAGAUUUCUGAACCAAAGUCUGGUGAAAGUAAAUCUGCUGAUAGUUCUGACAUGGAAGAGAAAUCAGAAAAUGAUGAACAGAAAGAAGAAAUGGAUGCAGAAAAAGUUACAGAAGAAAUAACUAGCAAACCAGAUGUAACUAGUUUUGGAGGACCUACCACUACGCCUGUUCCAUUGUUUGGAGACAGAUACAGUGGCAUUAUAGGGGACAUAACAGGUUCUGACAAAUAUGCAUAUGAAUGGCAGAGAUGUUUAGAGAAUUGUCACAGCAACAUUAAAGAAGCUAAUAACAUAUUUAACUCUAUCAGCAGUUCUGGUGUCUGUAAUGAGGUCAUAAGGUCAGAUCAAGGAACAGAAUAUGUACAAGGUAUAGUGGAAAUAUACAGGAUUGUAUGUAGAAUAACAGUUGCCAUGAAGUCAGCAGCUUUAAGUACUGACAAGCUAGGUCAGGUAUUGAAGGAUGUUGAUCUAGUAUGGAACAACCUUGCUGCCUUUUUAGUAGGGGGUAAUAUUAUGCCUGAUGACAAUGAGUUAAGUUUUAAGAACUGCCUUCUGAAGUCUGAUGAUGCAGCAUCCCAGAUGAGAUCUUGUGGAGUAUGUCUGUUAGACGUGGAUGUCAAGAGUAAAGAUUUUAACACAGAGGAGGAAGCUUCCAAGUUGACAUAUGGGGGUAGACAGUAUCACGCUACAUGUGCUAACUUUUGGGUGAACUGUGUUGAUUCAAUGUUACCUGCCCUGAAAUUACCAGAAUUAUUAUGAUGUAAAAUUUAAUAUGUAUUUUGUUAAAAAAAUUGAAUAUGAUCGAAUCCUGCCAUUAAUGUCAUAUUAGAUUGAGGGUUAUUCCAUUAAAAUAGAUGUGAUGUGGUAGGAAGGGAAAUUCUAUUUUUGAAUAUGGGUCGUGAAUCAUUCAUGGUUGGGUGUCCAUUUGAUGUAUUAGAUUUACCCAAAGAAAAUAUUUUCGUUGUAAGGGGAUUUUGGAAGUCCUUUCCUAACCUUCCACACCUAUUUAACAAAUAUGCCCUUAAAAACAUGAUGCUUACAGACAUUUUAAAGGAUAAUUGACUUCAUGAAAUUUUGUUUUUCUUCAUUUUUUGGCUUUAAGGUGGUACCUUACACAAUGACUAAAAUUAAUUUGACUUGUUUAAUUUUUAUAAAAUUUUGACAAAAUAUUUACUAUGAUCCUUUGACAAAAACAUAAAAAUUUCCAAAAACUUGAACCCAUCACUUUCUCAGAGAACUUGGUUGGAUAUAUAGCAGUUUGAAAAACACUAAUUUUGAUGUUUGAGAAGCUUGAUAUUUCCUUAACUAUCUAUACAACUUAAUUAAAACGUUAAGCUAAUUUUACAGAGUCAUCUCCCUAUAGUGUUAGGUGCCACCUUAAAUUAUUAUAUAAUAAGAUCUUUUGUAAAAGUUGAAAAGCAUUUUUAUUGUCAUCAGUAAAUUUAUUUUUUAAUUUUUCAAAAAAUUAAGUGCAGAAAACAAGAUAAUCUUUUUCUUAAGAAUUAUUAGAUUGGAAUUAAUAAAACAAUAUUUCUUUGAAAAAUAGAUAAUCAUGAAUUAAUGUAUGAAUUGUGGAAGAUAUAAUCAUUAACGUUGAGUUGUACAACAGGUGGUUUAUCCUGUAUGAUAUUAUAGAUAUAUUUGUUUCCAAUAAACUAUUUAUUUUGUAAUGAAGCAUUUAUUUCAUAAAGAAAAAUAAUCUGUAACACUGUGCCUACUAAGUUAGUUAGUUUUUGUUAUUAGGUCAAUAUUUCAGAAUCUUUGGUAUCAAAAUGUUGAGAACAAUAAAUUUAAUUUAUUUAAACUUGUGUCUAUGUAACCUACAUUUUAUUCAUGAGUGACUUUUGUAAAGUUAUGCUUUUUGUUUCAUCUUUUGUCUCUAACUUUAUGUUAAUCCUAGACAUUUUGUUAUUGCAGUACUCAUUUAUGAUAGACAACUGAUUACCAACACUAAGGUCUCUGUGACUUACAUUUUUAAGCAUCUGUCUUGCAUUAAGUUUGUAAAUUGUGUGCCUUUUUGUUAAAAUUAAUCUAUUAAUUUUAGGUUAUUUGUAACAUUCCAAUUAUUUGUUUUUAUAGUUGAUGACUAUAGUAUAAUUAACUAUUUGCAUUAAUUAAUCGCCAGUUCCUUCUGUUGCUGAGCACAUAUUUCAAUUUAGAUGCAGGUUUUAUGUACAAAAGGGAACCCAUCAAACACUGAUAUAUUAGUUUAGUUUCCAUUGGCUCUGAUCAACUUAAUGACAAUUUUUAUUUAAUAUCAUUUGAUCCUUAUGGAUUUAGAGCAAAUUUCAUCUUGAUCUAAACGUAAAUGGCAAAAAAGAGCUUUGAUUAAUCAACUAAUUCAGUUUUGUAAAAGUACCUGUUAAAAAUGAUAAAUUCUUUCAAGGACAAAACAAAGAUUGAAGAGGAAGAGUAAAAACACUUAACCACUAUUUAUAAGAAAAUAUCUUUGUAUUUAGCAACUGUAUAAAUGUUCUAUUUAUUCUAUAAUUAACUCUAUUUUUAGAAGUGGAAUGAAACAUAUUAUUUCUGUAUUUACCAUUAUAUAAAUAACACAUAGCUGAGAGGGUGAUAGAGCAGAUUGGUACCCCGAGAAAAC